AACCAUGAGUAAUAUAGAAAUUAAUUCAAGCAAUCCAUUGUUAGAUGAAAAGAUAUCUGAAUGGUUAAAAUGGGAUCGAAAUAUAAUAACGAAACUCGAGAUAGAGAAACUUGUAAACGAAAAAAAUUUCAAUGAAUUAUCAAAAAUUUUAUUGAAUCGUAUAUCGUUCGGUACAGCUGGUUUGCGUGGAAAAAUGGCUGCAGGAUAUGCUAAUAUGAAUGAUUUAGUUAUUAUACAAACUGGACAAGGUUUAUUAAAAUAUUUACAAAAUAAACAUAAUCAAUUGUUGACUGAUAAUGGAAUUGUCAUUGGAUAUGAUGGGAGACAUAAUAGCAAACGGUUUGCCGAAUUAACAGCUGCUAUAUUUUUAAAUGAAGGCGUUACUGUACAUUUGUUUUCUACUGUUGUUCCUACACCAUUUGUACCAUUUGCGACAACCAAAUGGAAAUGUGCUGCUGGUAUAAUGGUGACUGCAUCCCAUAAUCCUAAAGAGGAUAAUGGGUAUAAACUUUAUGGUUGGAAUGGUAGUCAAAUUAUAUCACCGGCUGAUAAAGAAGUCACAAAAUGUAUUUUAAAAAAUUUAACACCACUUGAAACGUCUUGGGAUAUUGCAAUUGUACAUCGUUGUGAUUUUUUGCGGGAUCCAUUACCACAAACUUUAGUAAAUUAUUACCUAAAACUUGGUAAAGAUUUAUUAAAUGAACAUAAAGCAAUUAAUGGUGUAUCGGAUCUAAAAUUUACAUAUACUGCAAUGCAUGGAGUUGGUUAUAAUUAUGUGGUACGAGGUUUUAAAUUAGCUGGUCUACAAUUAAUUCCAGUUAUUGAACAACAAGAUCCAGAUCCAGAAUUUCCAACUGUUAAAUUUCCAAAUCCUGAGGAGGGCCAAAGUGCUUUAGAUUUAUCGUUCAAAACUGCCGAUGCCAAUGACAGUACAAUAAUUUUGGCUAAUGAUCCUGACGCUGAUCGCUUAGCUUGUGCUGAAAAACUUUCUAAUGGACAAUGGCGUGUUUUUAAUGGUAACGAAAUAGGUGCCCUUCUUGGCUGGUGGGCGUUACAUUGUUUUCAGAUGAAAAAUCCUUCAUCAAAUUUAAGUGAUGUAUAUGUUUUAUCAAGCACUGUCAGUUCAAAAAUUCUACGAUCAAUUGCAGUAGCUGAAGGUCUAAAUUUCGUGGAAACUCUAACGGGAUUUAAAUGGAUGGGUAAUAAAACUCAUGAAUUGGAAAAUAAUGGAAAGCAAGUGAUUUUUGCAUUUGAAGAAGCAAUAGGUUUCAUGUUUGGUACAGCAGUCAAAGAUAAGGAUGGUGUUAGUGCAGCUGUACAUUUAGCAACAUUGGCAGCCUUUUUACAUAAACAUGGUUUAACUCUGGUACAACAGCUGGAUGAAAUUUAUAAAGAAUAUGGUUAUCAUAUAUCAGAAAAUUCAUAUUUUAUUUGUCACGAUGGAGCAGUUAUUGAAAAAAUAUUCAAUAGAUUACGGAAUUUUAAUGGAGACGGAAGUUAUCCAGAAUCUAUUAAAAAUGGAAAAUACAAAAUCAAAAAUGUACGUGAUCUAACUACCGGCUAUGACAAUUCCCAGAAUGAUUUUAAAGCAAUUUUACCAGUUUCGAAAAGUUCACAGAUGAUAACAUUUACGUUUUCAAAUGGUUUGGUUGCAACAUUACGAACAAGUGGUACAGAACCAAAAGUUAAAUAUUAUACAGAACUUUGUACUGGACCAACACAAGUGGAUCGAAAAGAACUCGAAGAAACAUUACGUGAUAUGGUUUCAGCUAUUGUUGAUGAAUUCUUAGAGCCUACUAAAAACGGACUAGAGCCUCGAUCAGAUUAAAAUUACUAACCUAAAAAACUAUAACUGAACAAGUAAUUUGUAAAUGAUGAAAUAUUGAAGAACAUUGUUAAUUUUAAAAAAGUAUCCAAAGCUUUAAAAAUGAUUUUUAUUUUAAUUUUAUACUGUGUAGUUUAUCUAUCGGACCAAUUUUAAUAUAGUAGUUUUAAAAACAUUUCUUUUUUAGCAAUUAAAAAUAAUUUGCUUGAGUUACAUUAAGUAAUAAAGUGACUCGCUGCUGUACUUUUUGAGGAUGAGACAUCUUUCUUUCUCCUUACCACUGUGACAGCUCCUGUAAUAAUCGUGCCCAGUCGUUCAGCGUGCCUGCCACCUAGCCAGUGUCUUAUAAUAGCCGCAACGAUUUUGCUUAUAGAGGCGCUUUGAAGCGAUAUAAGAUCUGCGGAACGUCUACGAUUAUAAUUAGACCAUAUUUGUCUUGUAGUACCACAAGUCCGUUCCUUCAUCUAAGAUUGGGCUUUUUUAAGAUAUCUUCGUUCAAGUUACAGUUCACAAGUGGAACUCCAGGAUGCCUGUUGAAACUUGUGUUCGACAGCUUUAUGCCAUUUCCAGCAAGCUCGCUGAGUUCAAUGCUAUCUUUGAGGUUAGAUAGAUUGAGUUGAAGGAUUUUAGCGCUGCUUGGCUCUCGGUGAGGUUUUAAUGUCUCUGCUCAUGAGAGUGUUCAGUCUUACAUUUGCAUACCUCGUAAAUAGCCAUCACUUCCGCUUGAUACACGCUAAAGUGAUCCCCAUUUGGUUUAAUCAAAUUCUCAUCCCAUUCGUCUAAGCUUAAAUUACUUGGGAAAGCAACAUCAAUUAAUUUUUAAUGC